AUGGGCACGACGCCAUCCUACUACGCCCAUUCGUACCCGUCGGCGACGAUGAUCGUCCACCAUCAGCCGCCCAUCUCACAUCACGUCUCCGAGCCCCAGUUCCGUCGAGCAUCGGCCUCUCACUUCACCUGUCAUUCGGCCACAGGAAUGACCAGUGGCACCAACUCGAGCCCGAUCCAUUCGAGUACCUCUGCCUGUGGCUUCGGCGGAGGCAGCGGCUUCUCCUCGCAGUUCGCCAUGCCGGUACAGUACUACCCGAACAAUGUGUACGGUAAUGGCGUCACGAGGUCCUUCUACGCACCCGCCACUACGGUUUCUACCAUGGUUGGUUUUUUUAAGUGCUUCACGAGAUUUUCAACCCUCCUUCGGCUGGAUCUCACCGGCCUAUCCCCCGCAAACUGCAGCCGAUUUUGAAGGCUCAAGAAGUUUUUAUGAGAUUGGUUAAGGUUCUAGCUUCCGGAAGGGGGAGAAGUUCUUUCGAUUCUCUAGAGCCUCUUGAUCACGAUUUUUAAAAGAAAAAGUUCUGAAGUUUGAAAUUGAGGAUCUUCAGCGUCUUCAAGGGGUUAUGAGUCCACUUUUUUUGAGGUACCCCUAAACAUCUUUCCAGCGAAGUUUCAGAUUUUUGACAGUGUAUUGAAAUCAUACCUCUGAUUUUCUGCAAUUUUGGCAUUUCCGGUGUAGAUUUUGAGAGGAUAACAUUUUGAGAGGAACUUCUUCAACUUUAGAUAGCUUUAGAAAAUUCUUUAAAAUAAGCCCCUCAUAAAAAAUAUUCGAUUCGAUAUUUUUCUAUGCUAGAAACUAUGGACAUUAGUAACCCGACCGUGAUCCGGGCGUUUCUGGGCAUUUCUAGUGACCACUUUAGUAGCUUCAGCACUCUUAAGUGAUCCCUAGAAUCGCCCAGAACCGUCCGUUUCGUCCGAGUAGUCAUUAAGUUGGUGCAGAAGAGCGAAUUUGUAGGUACUGUAGAAUUUACAGUUCGAACAGCUUUUCUGUAGAGCUUUUUGUCAUCAGACUUGUAUCCUGGUAACUAUUUUCGAACCACUGAGGGGUAAUUAUAGUUUAGAAAGCCUAUAGUGAUCACUUCAGUUAGAAAACUGUAAAAAUAUUUCAAAAACAUUUUUCAGCGCAACGGCUCUUUUUCGCGCUCUCCGACCGUCGUCACGGUUUCUCACUACAGUAAUAUCCCUUCUACGGUAAUUUCCGGAAUUUUCUUCCAUAAAACCGUAGAUUCUCAGGUACCCUCACCACCUGCCCGUCAGAUGACGUCACCCUCGGCUCCAGAAGACCACCCGCCGUCCUAUGAAGCCGCCACGAAGCAAAUUUACCCGAAAUUUGACGCUUCUGAUCGCCGUUUGAUCGAUUCGAAUACGAUGUGA